GCCUCAGCUGUUCUCAGUUGCACUGGGUGCCUUGUGGUGUUGUGACAGAGCUGAGCUGCAGUGAGUGAGACAAAACUUGUUUAAAGGAGCGCUAAGUAGGGUGGGAGACAAAAAGAAGCGCAACCACCAAGGAUUUACCAGGCAGAUGGGAUGAACAGCUGAAACAAUUUGGACCAGUUUUACUUUUCCUGGCUAAAGGUGCGACUGAGUAAUAUCAUAAAUGUUUUUUUUUUAAGCUGUAUUCUUCUAAGAGCCAAAAAGGAAAGAUAUUUUAAAUAUAUUAAGAUCUUUAUUUUUUAAAUCACAUUCACUGUGUAAUCAACUCUAAUGGACAUUUUUUUGUGUGUGUGUAAUACAGUUUACUUUUAGAAUUCUUGAAAGGAUUGUUCCAGAGAUAAUGGUCCAUUACCCAAACUCUGCUUUGCAGGAUCCCUCAUCCCUCUUGUUUUUAGCAGGACUGUAAUUUUGGCUUUGACCUGUGGAAAAGGAAGACAUUUUUUUUUUCUUUGCUCUGACAGGACGCAAGACCUGUUAUGAGGCAACCUGGACUGACUCACCAGCAUUUUUUCAUGAUUACUGGACAACAGGACUGUUUCUUGCAACGCUACCAUUUCCUGUCAAACCAGAUCUAAGACUGUCUGACCAGGGGUUGUUUAUUUAAAGGACUUAUCAGGAGUUCUUGCCCAAGGAGCAUGGGGAUUCUUCGGGGUACUGUUAUACUUCUGUGUUGGUUUGCUGUGUUCAAAACGGAGGCCAACAGCCCCCCGCAAGCAAAGAAUAAUGUGCCCCGGCUAAAACUCUCCUAUAAAGAAAUGUUAGAGACCAACAACCUGGUAACAUUUGAAGGCUUGGCUAAUAGCUCGGCGUAUCACACUCUCGUGUUGGAUGAGGAGAAAGGAAGGCUUCUGGUGGGAGCAAAGGAUCACAUUUUCUCUUUCAACCUCCUCAAUAUAAGCAGAGACAAAGCACAGAUCCCCUGGACUGCUUCUCCCACCAGAAGAGAUGAAUGCAAGUGGGCAGGGAAAAAUCUCCUGAGAGAGUGUGCACAUUUCAUAAAAUUACUGCAGCCGUUCAACCAGAGCCAUUUCUAUGUGUGUGGGACAGGAGCCUUCCACCCUGUAUGUUCCUACCUGGAAGUCGGCAAGAAACCAGAGGAUGGUGUUUUCAGGCUGGCACCCUUUGUAGAAAAUGGCAGAGGGAAGAGUCCCUAUGAUCCCAAGCUUCUCACGGCUUCAAUGUUAAUUGAUGGGGAGUUGUACGCUGGAACAUCAGCCGACUUCAUGGGGCGGGACUUUGCUAUCUUUCGCACUCUUGGCAAGCAUCACCCAAUCAGAACAGAGCAACAUGACUCCAGGUGGCUGAAUGAUCCUAGAUUUGUAGGUGUUCAUCUGAUCCCAGAAAAUGACAAUCCAGAGGACGACAAAAUCUACUUGUUCUUUAGAGAGAAUGCAAUGGAUGGAGAGUAUGCUGGAAAAGCCACAUAUGCUCGCAUUGGACAGCUUUGCAAAAAUGACCUUGGAGGCCACAGGAGCCUGGUCAAUAAGUGGACUACUUUCUUAAAAGCUCGGCUGAUUUGCUCUGUGCCGGGCAGUAAUGGGAUUGACACACAUUUUGAUGAACUACAGGAUGUCUUUCUGAUGAGCACCAAGGAUCCUAAGAGCCCAGCAAUCUAUGGAGUGUUCACCACUUCCAGCAACAUCUUCAAAGGUUCAGCAGUUUGCAUGUACAGCAUGGCAGACAUUAGAAGAGCAUUCUUAGGUCCAUAUGCUCAUAGAGACGGACCCAGCUAUCAGUGGGUCCCUUUUCAGGGACGUGUACCCUACCCCCGACCAGGCACAUGCCCUAGCAAGACAUUUGGUGGAUUUGACACAACCAAGGAGUUCCCUGAUGAUGUGGUCACUUUUGCCAGAAGCCAUCCAGCCAUGUUUAAUCCUAUCUAUCCAAUUAAUAAUAAACCAAUAAUUGUCAAAACAGAUGUGGACUACCAGUUUACUCAAAUGGUCGUUGAUAAAGUGGAGGCUGAAGAUGGCAUUUAUGAUGUCAUGUUCAUAGGCACAGACAUGGGAACGGUUUUGAAAGUUGUUGCCAUCCCCAGAAGUUCUUGGCAUGACUUAGAAGAAGUGUUAUUGGAAGAAAUGACUGUCUUUAGAGAACCAGUAGCAAUAACAGCUAUGGAGCUUUCAACAAAACAGCAACAACUUUAUCUUGGUUCAGACAUCGGUGUGUCUCAGAUGCCUUUACACCGCUGUGAGAUUUAUGGAAAGGCAUGUGCCGAAUGCUGCUUGGCAAGGGACCCUUACUGUGCAUGGGAUGGCACAGAAUGCUCCAGAUACUUCCCAAUGGCAAAGAGGAGAACCAGAAGGCAAGAUAUCAGGAAUGGAGACCCGCUCACUCAGUGUUCAGAUCUGCAGCAGCAAGAUGAACUCAGUGGGCAGGCAAUCACACUCGAUAAAACUGUCUAUGGUGUGGAGAACAGCAGCACUUUCCUUGAAUGUGUUCCCAAGUCCCAAAGAGCCAUAACCUACUGGCAGUAUCAGCACUCCACUGAUGACCGCAAACAAGAGAUCCAAUCAGAGGAACGUUUCAUUCGGACGGAUCAGGGUCUUCUGAUCCGAACUCUUGACAAGAAGGAUUCAGGCAUAUAUUUAUGCCAUGCAGUGGAACACGGCUUUAUGCAGACCAUAUUGAAGGUUCACCUAGAAGUGAUUGACGCAGAACGGCUGGGGGAUUUAUUACAUCGUGAUGAAGAUACAGCUACCAGUGUCCCAGCCCAAGAGUUUUCCUUGUCUAGAGAAAGUCCAAAUCAAAAGCUGUGGUACAGGGACUUCCUGUCUUUGGUCAAUCAUCCAACUCUGAAUAGUGUGGAUGAAUUCUGUGAUCAGGUUUGGAAAAGAGAGAGAAAGUACAAGCGACAGAAAGCUCACCAUGUUCAAAAAGUGCAAGCACACAAUCAGCAGCAGCAGAAGGCUGCGGCGAGUCCUCACAGCAACAUGCGCACACAAGGCAUGACGUCCAAGUGGAAGCACCUGCAAGAGCGGCAGAAAGGUCGCAACCGUAGGACCCAUGAACUGGAGAGGGCCCCUCGCAGUGUCUGACCCACAGAACUUAACUUGGAGCAUAAAGCUUCAGACUAUGCUCGUAUGCUCACAUCACAUUCUGUGUACCUAAAACCUAAAGACUUCCUUAAAACAUACAUAUGCCACAAAACUGGACAGAAUCGAAUAAAAAAGUAAUGCUGCUCUGAUCCACCGGUGUGAUCUACGCGUGGGUAGUUUUGUUUACAGCCCACAGGAAAAAGGAUGCUGUUGUAUAAUAGGAGACCUUUGGAGCACAUCAUCACUGAUGACCUCUGUAACAUGAACAAUGCAGAGGGUAGGACCACCCGGCACAAAACAAAUGUACCCAUUCUGUAGACAUUGCUGACAAUUCUAGCAUUGGGAAUUGGUCAUUGUAUUGUAGUUAGGUCGUGUUUCUUAGAUUCCAAAUGCCAAAAAUAGCUGAUAGUUUCUGUUCUUCACACAAAUGACUGGAUCAGAUUGUACUAGAAGUAGUUUGUAGAAUAUAGCUUAAAAAAGGCAAUAAGAAUUAAGCUACACUGCAAAAAGAAUUUAUACUCCUUAAACUUUAAGAAAUUUAGCUAUCAUGAGAACAUCUGAUUAAUGUUUUCAAAACCUUAAUCCUCACUUGUAAAUAACAAUUCUACAUUAAGGGUAAACAUUUUUAAUUCUGCACAAGAAUAGAAUAGAAUAGAAUAGAAUAGAAUAGAAUAGAAUAGAAUAGAAUAGAAUAGAAUAGAAUAGAAUAGAAUAGAAUAAUGUAGCAGUUCAUGAAAAGGUUAGCAUCAAUCAGGAUAUUUUGUACAAUUUGCCGAAAAAGUGACUUCAAUUAAUAGAGUUGAUGGGUUAGCCCACUGUAGGAUAAAAAAAAAAAUUUGAGAUGGAAAAUGUGUUUCUAAAGUCCUGAAGUCUUUUUUUCAGGAUGGAAUUGAAGGAAGAAUAGGAAACAAGCAAAGUUAUUUAAAGGGAAAGUGUGCUACAAAUUAGUUUUGUUGUUUUUAUAAGCGAAUCAUAAAAACUUUUACGAAUACAGUGCUUGUAUGAAUAUACUCUCUGGGCAAGUCAAAUGUCAAAUAAAAAAUGCAAGCAUACUAAAAGCUUAGAAUUUGUACUUUAUAAAUGGGGCAGUGCACCCACUGGGAGGAGCCAUGUUGCAUUGCCAUUUUCAAACACACUUGUUAGCCUUGAGCAUUUUAGAUGUAUCGGAAAAUGUUUAGUCAGUGGGGUAGGAAUUUAAAACAAGCAAAAAGAAGUCAGGAAAGAUAAUUUAAUAUAACAGUAUUGCCGGUAUGUUACAAUGCAAUAUAGUCCAGCAACUAAACUCUCCACCUAACAGUUUGUUUGUUUGUUUGUUAGCAGUUAUCCACUGCUGUUGUUCCUCACAGUCAUACCAGCUUAUGAGUUAUGAUAAAAAGGUUUAUGGAGUAUAAAUACUUUUUCAAGGCAUGUACAAAACAUUUUGGUAAAUCAGCAGUUUUGAAAAUACCUUGAAACAGCAAAGGAGAAGUUAUCAUUUGUUAUCCACUGCCACUGAUGUAAGUAGGAUGUGUAAAUACUGAUCUCUAUAAUGAUCUUAUCAACACAAAUGGAAUUGCUUGCAAUUAUCUAGUUUGUCUUUCUUGCCCAAAGUAGAUAUCUACUUGCGAAAAUAGUUUGCAAAACAUUUGUAAACAGGGACAUUUUGUACUUGUAUUUCUGUGUUUGUCUGUUUGUGUCCUAGAUAAGCUUCCUAGACAGAGAUUCAUUAUUUUUUCAUCUGAAUUUUUCCAAUUUUAGCAUUUUUGAAAGCUGCAUUGUCUG